AUGACUUCAAAUAUUCCUCAAACCCAAGUUACGGAACAACCUGCCUCUUAUUUAUUACUUUCAACGCCAACACAAACAUUAACAUCGAAACCAAAACCUAAACCGACGUUUGCAACGUUACCACCGGAACUUUACGACUUCAUCUUCAUUCACUGUAAACUACAAGAUUUACAUUUUAAUCUUCGAUGCGCAAAUAAAUUAUUUUAUAAUUUGGUUUCUCCAUAUAUUAUUUAUCAGUUACGUAGCGCCUUAAUAACCGAACCUUUGUUACAAAAAUAUGAUCAAGAAGUUUCUAUCCAAGGCGAUGUUUUAAAUAUUAAAUUAAAAUUAAAAAUUCCUCCUUUUGAAAUUUUCCCUUGGAAUAUUAAAAUGAAAUUGUGUACUAGCACUAAGAAAGUUGUUACCAAGAUCGUAAAAGUUGUUAAACAACAUGAAAAAAAACACGAAAUUGGUGUGGAAAUCAUGGAUGAGGAAAAUAAUCUUUCAAAAAAGAAAUGGACCUGGAUUGAUUGUUAA